AGGUCGUAGGUUUCGGAAACAGGGCGAAAAUGAGGCGCUUCGGGAUGGUUCUGAGGUCCACAGGGAGCCUGGUUGCCCGGCAACAACAACAAAGAGCGAUGUGCGCGGCCGCCUCGGCCAAUAGAAAGUACGAGCCAGGAUUUGGCUUGCUGUUCGACAUCGAUGGGGUUUUGGUCCGAGGGAAGACUCCCAUCCCAGCAGCCAAGAAAGCUUUUCACAAACUGGUGGACUCCAGUGGGCAGUUUAUUGUCCCUGUGGUUUUUGUCACCAAUGCUGGGAACUGUCUGAGGCAGAAGAAAGCCGACCAACUGUCUCACAUACUGGGUGUUCCUAUAACCCAAGAUCAAGUGAUGAUGUCUCACAGUCCCCUGAAAAUGUUCAGGAAAUAUCAUAACAAGUGUGUGCUGGUGUCCGGCCAAGGCCCAGUCCUGGAUAUUGCCAAAAACUUGGGAUUUACCAAAGUGGUCAGUAUUGACAUGCUGAGAGAAUCCUUUCCCCUGCUGGACAUGGUGGAUCACAACAGACGCCCGAAACUCCCAUCCUCUCAUAUUGCGAACCUCCCAAAGGUUGAAGCUGUUAUACUGUUCGGGGAGCCAGUUCGAUGGGAGACCAACCUACAGCUGAUCAUUGAUGUUUUAUUAACCAGUGGGAAUCUAGCCAACGUGUAUGAAACCUCCCACUCCUCCCACCUGCCUCUCUUAGCCUGUAACAUGGACCUCAUGUGGAUGGCUGAAGCACAAUCUCCAAGAUUUGGGCACGGCACCUUCAUGGUGUGUUUGGAAAACAUCUAUAAGAAGGUCACCGGUCGGGAUCUGAAGUACGAGGCUCUGAUGGGGAAACCCAGUGAGCUGACCUAUCACUACGCUGAGUAUUUGAUCCGAACACAGGCUGCAGAGAGAGGCUGGAGAUCACCCAUCACGUCACUCUACGCCGUCGGAGACAACAUCAUGACUGAUAUCUACGGCGCCAACCUCUACAACCGCUACCUCAAAGAACGACUGGCCAGGAAGAGCUCCAAAGCCAUGCAACAGGCACUGACCGCAGCGGGAACCACUUCUCCGGUCUCUCAGGACGUGGACCAGGACAGCGACUGGGAGAGCGAGCUGGCGUCGCCCUCUGCUACGUCCUGCAAGUCCGUCCUGGUGUGCACGGGCGUGUACAACCCGAACAUAGAGGUUCCUAAAGACGCCAGUCAGUGCAUCAAAGAGACGGUGUUCCACGGGCACCGCGACUUCCACUUCGAUCCGGCGCUCAUCGAGCCCGGCAGCAUCGUUCAGGACGUCGCCGCCGCCGUUGAACUCGUAUUCGAGAUGGAGAACUUUGGGCGGGUUUAGUGGCAUCAAAGCACGUCAUGACGCCGAUCUGAGAGGAAAAAACGAGUAGGAAGUCUAAUGAGCACAAUAUCAACCCUGCGAUGAAAACACUGUGGUAUUAAAGACGUUUAUACUAGACAAACGGAGGAUAUUGAGGCUUGAGGCGUUCAUACUGUAAUUUCACAUCAGUACUGUCGGUUUAGAUGAUUUUCCUUCGUUGGUGCAUUUUAUCAGACACAUUUAACCACUUAAAACUAUUCCUAAAGGCAUUUUAUCAUUUUAAAAUACUGUAUAACCAGUGAACAGAUCCUAAGUUAAUUUUUUGGUUCUGUUUUUUAUUUAAUGCACAGAUUUUACAGUUUUCUGCUUUGCUGUUUUUUUUUUAUCUAGCCUUCAUCCAGGCAUAUUUAGGGCCGCUGGAAAGCGCUGUCGAAUCCCUGUCCAUUAAAGGGGCGACACAGUGGCCUCACAGCUUGAAGGGCCUGGGUGGCCAGUGUCCUUUUUGUGUGGAGUUUGCAUGUUCUCCCUGUGUCUAAUGGUUUUCCUCCGGGUGCUCUGGUUUCAUCACACAGUCAGGCUAAUUGGAUCUACUAGACAUUGUCCUAUGUGUGAGUUUGCCUGAUUUGUAUUUCUACUUUAAAUAGUGCGCUGGGUCAUAAUUAUAUCGAUCUUACGGUUACAAAACACGCAGCGUUCAUCUGGAGAACGAAAAAAAGGUUUUGCGCUUCUAAUAAUAAUAAUAAUAACUAGAGAUGUGCAUUUCCGGAGAAAAUGCGAGUGUGAUUGCCGUGUGCCGAUCGGGCGUGGGUUCGAAUCCCCAUGCUCUAUCCAACUCGGAGAGUCAUCAGUGGGCUUCACGAUUUAGAGUUGGAACGGCAUUGAUAUCUCGAACUUUCAAAAAAUGAAUGGAAGUAAAUAAAGCCAAAAAACGGGCGUGGCAGGUGGGCAUGGGUUCGAGUCCCCAUGCUGUACCCAUGUAGGGGUGUCAUCAUUGGGCAUUACGAUUUAGAGUUGGAACGGCGUCAAUAUC